UAUUUAAAUUCCGGAUUACCGAUCUUCGCUAACUCAAGAUGAGAUUUCUGUGUGCUAUAUAAAUAUCGGUAAAAUUUUCUGCAGUUUCGCAGACACUUUACUGAACUGUUAUUGAUUGUAGGAUUCAUUAUUUGACUUUUUCGUCACCAGACCUUUUUGAAUUUUCCAUUCGAACUCCACCGGCUAGGGGACGAUUUCUUCCUUUGGCUACUUUUUUGUGCUUUGGCACACACAAGGAAUAGCCGUUAUACUCAUCAAUUUGCCGAUUGGUUUAUUUUGCUGAACUGGACAUCCGUUGGAAUUUGUUCUCCAGUGUUUAACAUUAUAAUUAAGCAAAGAAAUAGAUGUCUACACAUUGUUUGGACUGUAAACACGAAAAGUUUAAUCGAAUAGACUUUGAAACAAGCGACUAGCUAGAACAUUUCAUUUUCAACAUCUACGUCUGUGUAUAUCCCUACUGUUUGAGAUAUCGCCAAUCAAGUGUUUGAAAAAUUUACUUGUUUGGGUUUUUUGUUUGUCUUAUUCAAAUAUUUAUCAUGGCAGUUGCCCGUCAAAAACUGAAGACCAACGGUUCGGAAAUGGAGAAGGACGCUUCCAGGGCGUUUUUUAAGAGACAAGAAGGUGAGGUUGGGGUCUACAUCACUGUGUACGAUGCCACAGCCGCUAACCCCAAGGCCUACGGCUCGGAACAUUUCUACUUCAUGGAGUUGAUGGAGAAGCUACACGAAGAACUGAGCAAGGGCAAUUUCGUCAAAAUGCGAGCAGCCCUUGAACAGAAAGGAGAAUUUAAGGGGGCGUACAUUGAGCGAUUCGAAAAGGGUAUCGUAAUGGCUGUUGGAUUUGAUGACAUACAGGCUUUGGAAAGUGUCUGGAAACUUCACUCGACCGAGAAGAUGAAUGGAUUGAUACAGGACCUUCUGAUUAACCAGGCACUAUUGAAAAAGCUCCAGGCGACUCGAAUCGUCUUGACAACCAGAAUGUUUGAAGACGAAUACACGAACUGCAAGAAUGAACUGCUUAGUCGUUCGAUGCAAAGGAUUAGCAUUAAAACAAAACAACACGACAUGGAGCUUCUUCAGAAACUUAAAAACUUUCAGAAUCAAUUCAACGACGACGUUCAAAUUCUUCAAGAGACAGAGGCCAACUUCGGCAAGAAACUUGGGGAGUUCAUGAUGGUAGCUAAGCAAAUCCUCCCGGUGAACAUGCUCAAAAUAAAAACGGUGAAAGAAUUCGAAACCAUCGUCAAAGUAGCUAAAGGGACUCCUCGAGCGGCGAAGAAACUGGAAAUCAUUGACAAAUAUUUUGACAUCGUAAAGAAGCUGAGAAGCGUAUUGACAGAGAUAGAGGCAGCCGUAUGUUUGCCCCUUCUGCAAAUGCACAAAGUUUGCGAAACCGAGAGACAACGAGAGGUGAAACCCCAAAUCCAAACCCUGGCCAAAGAGACCAUACAGAAGCUACGCGCAGACGCAGACCUGCAGAAAGUGUCCCACCCCGGUUGGGGGAAACGUCUUCUCAAAUCCGAACAUGAUCUAUUUUUGGGACUCUUAUCUCUGGUUCCCAUAGGAACCGAGGCAGCGUUUGAUAUCAAUUGUCUCCUUGAUGAAUAUAUAAACGACUUUCCACUUUAGAUAUCCCUUUGUAUAAUAUACAUACAUCCAUCUGUAAACAUUAGUCUAUCUUGAAUUCUUUUGUACUAGUCAGACCAAUAUAACUGCAAACUAUUUGUGUACAUAGAUUUCCAGCGCUUACAUUUUUCUUCUCGUAGUCUUGUACAACAAAAUAUAUCAUUUAUUAAUUAU